UAUUGAUUUGACCUUAUAUAUAUAACUUGAAAAUAUAGAAAAUUUAUUCGACUUGGUAACUAUUCUGGAAUAAAGGAUAGCAUAGGUUUUUAAUUAAAAAGAUAAACAUUCAGAAGACAAUCAUCAGUACAUUGAAAGAUUAGUCAAUUUACCAUCACCAACAUCAUGAAUAUCAACAUUCUUCUUGCAACCACGGUUACCAUUCUUUUACUUCGUGUUUCGAAUGCUGCUCAUAUGAGCACAAAUCUAACAGCUUCAUUUACUAUUGGCUUAGGAAUAACAACAUUCGAUGUCAUUAAACAACUAGUAAUGACAUCUAUAAGUCAAUCAAAUAAACCAACUAGUCCAUUAUUGUUUAAUUUCACCGAUCCACAGAAUACACUUAGUAAAUGGAUUGAAGUAUCUGAUACAGUACGAGUUGAAGGACGAUCUAAGGCUAUACUCGUACCACAUAUUGCAUAUAAUUAUCGAUCAGCAAUUUUCUUUUAUCUACUUAAUCCACAACCAAGCGGAGCUUGUUUCGCCGGUGUUGACUACAUAUUGGAUACAUGGGACUUGUCACAAUAUACAGGGGUUGUCAUUGAUCUACAUAGACAAGGACAAAAUACAAAUUUCAAAUUGUUCUUCUAUGGUAACUGUUCCGAAAUAUUCACUUGUGAAUCAUAUGAAUCAUUUUUCGAGACAUCUGGAGAACGAGAACAAAUCAAAUUACCAUUCAGUACAUUUAAAGCAUACUUUCGUGGAGAACUGAGACCUGAAUCACCACCAUUAGAUAUAACUCAACUCUCUCGUUUUGGUAUACAAACAUAUGGUGGUAUUUUUGCACCGAAAAAACAAUCUGGUCCAGGUUCUAUUGAAAUAUUCACUAUUUCAGCAUAUAAAGAAGAUCAAAUGCCAGCUUGAAGGAAACUGAGAUGAUAGGAAUUCUAGAUCAUUUGAUGUGUAGUACAUAUGGAUACUAUGAUUACUUAUAGUUUGUAUUAAGUAGUUUCAUUAAUAAAUAUCAUACAUCUA